CUCUUUGUACAAACCCCGUAUCAAGAGUUAUCUUAAACUCAAUCUGGUUCCAUGUGGUUCGGAAUGUGCAUCUAAAACACUUGAGGGGGACCGAAAAAAAAAAAUAAAAAAAAUUGGAAAUAUUUGCCAAGACUUUCUGGAUUGUGUCCCUUUGUGCCGAGAGAAUCGCCAUAAAGAGUGAGAGAUUUAUUUUUAUUCAUUAGGACAUCCAUCAAAAUAUUUUGGUAGGACCAGCCACAAGGAGCUCAAGGUGGCCACACUGUAGGACCACAACGGGAGCAUGUCGCCUCGAGGCGUCACUGCCCCUCUCACUCGUGUGUGCUCAAAUUCGUCAAUCGUUAUAGUCAGUGAACAGAGGCUGCUACACCUAGUCACAGAAGUACGGACUUAUUUCAUACGAAAACAGUAGAUAUACCUCAAACUUGGGACUACACUGGUACCGAGGAAAAAAAAUCCGAACAAAAAAAAAAGCGCAUUUCGGAUUACGGAUUAUCAUGGCGAGAAAAAAAGUUGGAUUAUCAAAAGGAUUAUCUCAGAUUAUUGUGUUAGCUACACUUCUAGCACUGGACAUUGUAUACGCGAGUAACAAAGUUGGCCUUUUCUUUGAGUACCUGGGCAAUGACAACCAGAUCGUCAAACUGAAAUGCCAGGUAGGCCAGUACAUCAAUGGAGGCGAGACUAUGUCUAUCACCAUCAGCAACCUGACGUCCAAAGAGAACCUGGCCUACGUGUCCAGGGGAGGUAACGCGGAAAUUGGCAAACAGUAUCUGAACGGCAAGGUGUUCAUCGCAGGGAGCAUAUCUGCUGAAACCGGCUACCACCCAGCCCACCUGGACGUCAUGCUCAUCGAGUAUGACCAGUAUAUUGACCAGGCGUUUGGCUGCAACGUGUUGUGGAUGAAAAGCGGAAACACCAAGAUGACAGAGUACACCAUACAGAUUAACAAAACAGUUGACACCACAGCUAGAACGACAACAACACACGCCACAUUCACAGACGCCCCAUACAGGGUGGCGCCCGUCAAAGACAAAGAAGUGGAAGCCGAGAGUCUGCCCAUGUCUGUCUUGAUCGUCAUGUUGGUCUUGAUUUCCAUUCUCUUGUUUCUUGCCGUCUUCUUGUUGCUACAUAGAUACAGAAGUAAAUGCCAACGCCGUGACGAAGACAUGUACCGCCCACCUGCCUACUGCAUGGCGCCUGAGCACCAUCACCUGGACUGGACAGAUUCGUCCAUCAAGAGCAAAAGUUCGGCCAGGACCAUCAACUCGAGGAGCCAUUACAGUAUAGCGGCCCACCACAUGCACAUGCCGUUACCCCCGAUCCCACACUCUCCACGCAGAACGAGAAUUCUAUCCCAAGAAGAAACAGUCCCUAUACAACCCUACGAAUGUCGGCCUGGCAUACGUAAGAUUUCAGCUCGAAAUCAUAAUAGGAACUCUGCCUACAGAAGACCCCCUUCAGUGGUCAGCAGCGUUAAAGUCCCAUAUGUCCAGCCUCAAGACGCAAUAGGCCAAGAGUCGAGUGAAGACGGGGAGAUAGCCGCCCUCAGUUCCGGGAGCCCCAAAGUCCACUACAAUACCCGGAGGGACGGCAUGACGAGGCAGAACAGCCCUCUGUACGCAUGCGUACCAGUUAGCUCAACGGACGAAUGAUCGGGGAACACUUGAGGAUUAUACCACUGCUAUUCUGUUAAAGAAGUCACGUGUUCAGACUUCAGCCAAUGAGCUAAGUCCAGCGUUCAUUUCUUGAAGUUUUUUUUUUUCAGGACAGUUUCUAGACUGUGAAUUAGGAAUGGUAUUAAGUUUACAUCAGAGUUGUAACACUGACAAUAGCAAGGCACAAGAAUAAGGUCACUAAAGCCAAGCUGGCAUAUUGCAAUAAAAAUACAUUCAAUAUGCCAGAGGGUUAAACAGAACCUAAUAUGCCAGUUGCUGAGCACACAAAAGGGCCACCCGUAUCUCUUAAAAAUAAAACACUUUACACGUCGCUUUGUCACAUGACAUGCUCACGUCACCAAACCACGUGACACGAACGUGUGAACGGAAGCUUCACACGAGUGGCGUCGGCUGUGUCCAAGAACUUCGUAAUAAUAACAUGUGUGUCAAAAACUUGAACGACAGAAGACUUGCAGGAAUGGCUUUAACACUAAUUCACUCUAAUUUUCGAAGCACUCGGGAAUAAAAUCUGGCAUGUCAAAUUACACACUUCAUGACGUCAUCAUCCACUAUUCAUUGUUGUGCGAUCUCGUUUCCAUACUUAAAAGCACACCAUUUUUUUUUUAUUUAUGGCGAAAGUGCAAAUAGUUCAUCAGUCAGCGUUGCGACCUGAAAUAUUCAUACAUGUAGUAAAUAUGUACAAAGUUCCACAAUUCCUACCCAUCAGGGAGUUCAUGAUCAUUUUCUUGGUUGUUUCCCUUACAUUGAGUGCACAAAGCUUCAGCCUCCACUGGUUCACAACCUAUUAAUUAGCAGACGUUGAAAUUUCGUGAUUUCUUUAGGCUUAGAUGUACAAUCAUGUAUUUAGAUACACAUGAUCACCAGCCCAACAGAUAUUUGUAAACAUAUUUUUUACCUUCUUUUACGCUUAAACAAGUGUUCAUUUAUUUUUCUGUAUUUAAAAUGUAUAUAGUAUUAUUGCGACAAAUCAUUGCUCUCUUAAGCUUAAGGCACUGUUUUGUUGUUUCUGGGUUUAUUAUGAUUAUUAUUAUUGAGUUAUUCCAAACAAAGGGUACAUAACUGUGUUCUACUAUUUUAUUCCUAUAAUCUUGUUGACGACAUUGUUUUUGUCUGAAUUGUGGUAAAUGCAAUGGAUGUCUCCCAUUCUAGGUUCAUUUAGGAAUGUAUAAUUUUUUAAUAAAGAUGUGGUAUUGAUGUCUGCAACAUAUAUUUCAGACUUUGUCGCUAUGAUGUUACUUGUGUUUUAUGCUUAACGCUAGAGUUAGCCCAGGUCCCUAUUCUUAGAUUCUCCACCCAUUUCCCAAGUCAAACUGUAAAAGGUUGGAACAGUUAUAUGCCUUACUUUAAAAAAAAAAAAAAGCCUACAACGUCGCGUCCUAAUAUCAUUCAGACUGUACAUAAAGCCAUUAUCGCAUCAAAGUAGAAUUUGUAAUGAGUUACUAGUAAGAGUUAACAUUUUAAAUGCAAAUUUAAGCAACCAAUUCUAUUGGCCUACAGUAGAGGGGAAUAACUACACGAGAAGAUAUAACAAGUAUUGCUACUGGAUCAUUUUUGCAUUUGUCUUUUGUUAAAUCAUAUGUUUUCCGG